AUGUCAGCAAAAGAGAUAUCAUUUCGCGAUGACAAUAUACAGUAUUUUGGCCGGUGGCACUCAUCUACAAACGAAAUACAAAGCGGCUGGCCCGGUGCAUACUUUAGAGUCAUAUUAGAGCAUACGACUUCAGUGCAGUUACAGCUAAGCAAGCCCGCAUCAAUACAAGUGCAAGUAGACAAGGGCCCGCAACUGCACUUUAUCAAUACUACUCACAUCAAGAUACAACAAGGGUUCGAGCAAGAUGGCCCCCAUGAGCUCAAAGUCAUAGCAAUAGAAAUAGAUCCAGCACAAUUAUCUGUAUGUUUGCAAUCCAUUUUGCUCGAUGAAACAGGUAUCACACUGUCUCCCGCUCCCUCAGCGGAGAAGCCACUAGUAGAGUUUGUUGGACAUGAUCUCACAUUAGGCUUGGAGACAUCGCAAACAUUGUUUUCCAGUUAUGCUUGGCUGACAAGUGAUCUAUUGGGAUUGGAGCAUUCACACAUUGCCUACAAAAAGGCUACCUUGAUUGAAGGCAUGGAAUCAAAAUACUUUGAUUGGUCAUUGUUACAUGAUCAAGAACAACAACAAACAACCAAGACCCCUUGGAGUGUGGUGAUCCUAUUGGGCUCAAAUGAUCGUCAAACUGAUUAUGCCUCUGACGAUUACAAAGAUGCCUUGAAUAUGUUUUUGACAAGACUUCGUAAAACACUUUAUGAAGAUGCACCCAUAUUUAUUCUAUCUGAACCACUGGGUGAUAUGUUUCGACCCUCUCAGCAAUCCGUAUUGGAUAUGACGCAUCGAGAUCAGUAUAUCUACUUUAUCGAUACAACCGGGUGGUUGAGAUAUGGCUCAAAUUACUAUAGAGACAGGGGUCAUCUCACUGAUGCAGGCCAUCAACUACUGGCAAAGAAAUUAGCACCCCUUUUGCAAGUCAAGUUGACACAUCCAAGAGAUCCCUUGCCAGGACCACCACCAAACCCCAAUUUACCUGGCGAUUGGCAAACCAUGGACGUAGGACAAGAAAACAGAAUCGGAUUACCAGGCACAGUCUCUGCAGAUUCAGCCUCCACAUUCACGUUAUGGGGAUCAGGUGCUGAUAUUGACAAUGACACGGACGCAUUUCGAUUUGUAUAUCAACCAUUUACCAACCAAGGCACCAUUGAAAGCACAGUUCGAUCGCACUCUGCUUUUGCCAAAUGUGCAAAGGCUGGUAUCAUGAUCCGGGAGCAUUUGGGUCAUGGCUCGCCUCUUAUUAUGCUGGGCAUUUCUCCUGCUGAGGGUAUCUUUGUUCAGAUCAGAUAUGGCAAUUUUGAAUCCACUAAAUUGGUCAAAAAGAUGAGAGCUUCACCUCCUUACCGUCUGCGAUUGGUGCGACAAAGUCAAAACAAUAUGUUUCAAGCUCAAAUUCAACAUGUUGAUAGUGGUGGAAACGAUGCUAUUUGGGAAACGUUUGUAACUGUACCUUUUGUCAUGGCUCGUGAUGUAUACGCUGGUAUUGCUGUUACUAGUUGCGAUACAUCUGUUGUCAGUGUAGCUAAAUUCACAGAGGUGGCUCUGUACCGCAGUGCAUCAUUAACGCUGCAAGAAGAACAACCUAGUGCUGUCCAUUUUCUAAAUCAACAGUAA